GGUUGGCUUAAUGCUCAUGCAACGUUCUAUGGGGCCAAUCAAAAUCCCACCAGCCUUGGGGGAGCUUGUGGCUAUGAUGAUACCUUUCAUGCUGGGUUUGGUGUGAACACUGCGGCAGUGAGCACCAUGCUUUUCAGAGACGGUGAGGUUUGUGGUGCUUGCUACCAAGUGAUGUGUGAUUACAGGGUCGACCCAAAAUGGUGCCUCAUUCGGCGCAGUGUGACAAUAACUGCUACUAACUUUUGCCCUCCAAACAACCAUGGUGGAUGGUGUGACCCUCCAUACCAUCACUUUGACAUGUCCAUGCCUGCUUUUUUACGCAUUGCACGACAAGGCAAUGAAGGCAUUGUUCCUGUCCUUUAUAGAAGGGUGGCAUGCAAAAGAAGAGGGGGAGUGAGGUUCACAUUGAAGGGGCAAUCCAAUUUCAACAUGGUGAUGAUAUCAAACGUUGGUGGUAGUGGGGAUGUUAAGGCUGUGUGGAUCAGAGGAUCCAGAAAUGGAGUAUGGUUGCCAAUGCAUAGGAAUUGGGGUGCUAACUGGCAAAGCAGCGCAGAUCUUAGAAACCAAAGACUCUCAUUCAAAAUGACUUUGGUUGAUGGUAAGACAUUGGUGUUUCUCAGUGUGGUGCCUUCAACUUGGAGAUUUGGACAAACUUUUUCGUCACACAAUCAGUUCUUUUAG